ACGAGAGUUACAACGAGAACGUGAUGUCAUAUUUACACAAGACGGAUCCUUUCUAGCCAUAACCCGUCACUACGGUGAUCCAACAUGGCGCUGCUGAGCUCCUCUUUGACCCGGUUCUGUUGUCUCAGGACAAACAGGAUAAAUAAUGGACUUUAUUCCCCUUACCUGCCCUGUCAGUACAGACUCUACUCCACGUCUCAAGUCAGACGAGGUUUGGGGCGAUACGUCCAGAUAGUCAACUCCAAAUAUGAAAGUUUCCUCAAAAGAAGAUUUCCUCGCUUCUUCCAGCUCUAUCACACUUUUGUGGAAGGGAUCAAGCUGCUGUUCAGAGACGGCAAAGAGGUGAAGAGGAUAAAAGUUAACAUGCACUCUGACCAACUGCAGUUCAAGGAUCUGCCCUACAGGGACAUGGAGAAGCUCCGACAG